UAAUCGUCCGAAUGUUGAUUUAAUAACACAAAAUAAUCUUCAUGAAAUAGCAACAUCAUUUAUAUCUACUGGUUCACAUAUGCAGGAUAUUAUGACAGGCAAUUCUAUUAUUCAACCUACUGAGAUUCCACAAGACACAGAGUUUUCGGUUAGUACCAGUGAACCGCAAACUAAAAAUGAAACAUUCACAAAGAAUGAAAAGCAAAAUCUUCUUCUCGAUGGAUUAGCAAAUAUUCAAGAUGGUGUUCAGCUAAUUCAUACUGGUGGCCAAAUAGAUGAAGCAUCAUCAAUUAAUGAAAUAAGUACUAAUAUUGUUCGAUCUUGUACUCUAUCAAAUCAAACAAAUCAUAUUGACGAACAACCAGUUGUAACACAAUCAACAAGUAAUAUUCCACCAUGUGUUACUAAUCCCACUGACGUUACUUCACAAGCAAUUUUGCCUUAUACUGAUAUACCGGUUCUAUAUGUUCCAAAAUUACCAACUGCAUUAGAUACAAAUGCUGAAUCAGGCGAACAAACGGAUACAUAA